CUGCGGCACAAUAGGUUCUUUGGCUCAAUCACCCAGCAGAAAUCCGCUCUUUUUGUGCAGGCGCCAUGGCUGGUCAGUUCGUGGUGAAGCGUGACGGCCGUAAGCAGGAGGUGAAGUUCGACAACAUCACCAAGCGCAUCCGGACUCUUUGCGGUGGCCUGGACCCACGUUUUAUCGACCCGGUGCCCGUGACGCAGAAGGUGGUGGAAGGCUUCUAUAAUGGCAUCAAGACCGCAGAGGUUGACACUUUGGCGGCUGAGACCUGCGCGUAUAUGUCUCAGAAGCAUCCAGACUUCUCCACUUUGGCCGCCCGCAUUGCGGUGUCGAACCUGCACAAGAACACCUCGGAUUCCUUCGCCGAGACCUGUCGGAUCCUCUUCCACUUCGUGGAUGCGCAAGGGCGUGAGGCUGGAUUGCUAUCCCAGGAGGUCUUCGACUUCGUCCAGAAGAACGCAGGGGAAUUGGAUGAGGCGCUCGACUACGACAGGGAUUUGGGAUACGACUACUUUGGUUUCAAGACGCUCGAAAAGUCCUACCUGCUGCGCGUGCACGGGAAGAUCGUCGAGCGCCCUCAGCACAUGAUCAUGCGCACCGCCUGUGAGAUCCAUUGCGGGGAUCUUGCCAGCGCUCUUCAGAGCUACGACUUGAUGUCCAGGAAGUUCUUCACGCACGCGACGCCGACGCUCUUCAAUGCCGGGACUCCCAAGCCACAGAUGUCGUCCUGCUUCUUGCUGAAGAUGAAGAGCGACAGCAUCGACGGGAUCUACGACACCUUAAAGCAGUGCGCGGUGAUCUCAAAGUCCGCCGGUGGCAUUGGUGUUGCAGUGUCCAACAUCCGCGCCAGCGGGUCCUACAUCCGCGGGACCAAUGGGCAGAGCAACGGCUUGGUGCCGAUGCUGAAGAACUUCAACGAGACGGCCCGGUAUGUGGAUCAGGGUGGAGGCAAGCGCAAGGGUGCUCUGGCGGUGUAUUUGGAGCCCUGGCAUGCGGACGUCUUCGAGUUUUUGGAGCUGAAGAAGAACCAUGGGAAGGAGGAGCAGCGAGCAAGGGACUUGUUCUACGGCCUUUGGGUCCCAGACCUCUUUAUGAAGAGGGUGAAGGCGGACGAGGAGUGGACCUUGUUCUGCCCGAACGAGGCCUUUGACGAGAAGAGCGGAAAGACACUGAUGGACCUUUGGGGCGAGGACUUCGAAGAGCUCUACUGCCGUUUGGAAGCGCAAGGCAAAGGACGGAAGACGGUGAAGGCGCUUCAGCUGUGGUUCCGCAUUUUGGAAGCGCAGAUGGAGACUGGCACGCCUUACAUGCUGUACAAGGAUCAUGCCAACAGGAAGUCCAACCAGCAGAACUUGGGCACCAUCCACUGCAGCAACCUCUGCACCGAGAUCAUCGAGUACACCUCGCAAGAUGAGGUGGCUGUGUGCAACUUGGCCUCCAUUGCAUUACCCAGCUUCGUGGCAGAGGAGGGUUAUGACUUUCAGAAGCUGUAUGAGGUGACGAAGGUCGUGACCCGAAACCUCAACAAGGUCAUUGACCGGAACUACUACCCGGUGGAGCAGGCGCAGCGCUCCAACAUGCGUCACCGACCCAUCGGUCUGGGCGUUCAAGGUUUGGCAGAUGCUUUCAUGAUGAUGAAAUUGCCCUUCGAGAGUGAAGAGGCCAAGCGCUUGAACGAGGACAUCUUUGAGACCAUCUAUUUCGGAGCCUGUGAGGCCUCCUGCGAGUUGGCCGAAGUGAAUGGGACCUACGAGACCUAUGAGGGCUGCCCGGUGAGCCAAGGCCAGCUGCAGUUCGACAUGUGGGGCGUGACGCCCAAGAGUGGGCGCUGGGACUGGACUGAGUUGAAGCAGCGCAUCGCCCAGAGUGGGCUGAGGAACUCGCUCCUCGUGGCGCCCAUGCCGACGGCCUCGACGGCGCAGAUCUUGGGGAACAACGAGUCCUUCGAGCCCUACACGCAAAACCUCUACGUGCGUCGUGUGCUGUCGGGCGAGUUCGUCCAGGUGAACCGACACCUGCUGAAGGAUUUGAUCGCCCAUGGCCUUUGGAACGAGGAGCUACGCACGCAGCUGAUCGCACAGAACGGGAGCGUGCAGAAGUUGGAUUUGCCUGCAGAGAUGAAGGAGCUCUAUAAGACUGUCUGGGAGAUCAAGCAGAAGGUGGUGGUGGACAUGGCCGCGGAUCGUGGGGCCUACAUCGACCAGUCCCAGUCCCUGAACAUUCACAUGAUCGAUGCGACCACCUCGAAGCUCAGCUCGAUGCACUUCCACGGCUGGCACCGGGGCUUGAAGACCGGCAUGUACUACUUAAGGACGAAGGCGGCCGCGGAUGCCAUCAAGUUCACGGUGGACGUGAAGAAGUUGAAGCCUGAAGAGGAAUCCAUCAAAGCACCAAGAUGCAACGACGAGCGUGGUUGGGGUGAAGAAUAAGCCUUGAAUAAGCUUGGCCUUGAUUUUUGGCAAGUGGAUGCAAGUGGUGCAUCUAUUUUUAGGAGUAUGUUCAAGAUAAUGAGCUUAUUGGGAGGUAUCAAAAGGAUAAUUUUAAUUACUUGGAAUCUGUCUGUUUUGCAUGUAUUGCACAGAAGGGCUGUUGAGUGGUGAAAAUCUCGCUGCUCGUCAUCGAAACUGGGAGUUUUGCUGUUUGAACUGAGUUUGUGAAUCAAAGUGUGCCAGGUUCUCUCUCUCUCUCUCAGGAUGUCUGAGCCUUUGUUGAAGGGCUUCUCUCCAACCGAGUAGACCCGCCGAAAGCGGUGCCAAGAUCGGUUUUGGGGUAUCUUCACCCGGCAAAAGAAUCACUACGUUGGAACUUUGAUGGCAUGGACCUUUGGAAGACUAUUUUCCUCUGCAACCCAGUGGUUUUCAGGUUCCAUAUGCGUCUCUUCUUUCCUCUCCUUGGAUAGGAUGGUACACGACGGGAAAACCAUCCGGCGCUUUUUUUGACCCCUUUGGCGAGUACGGGCAGAGCUUGAUGAGCACAGGUUAGGAUCACUGGGAAAGAAAACAUCAUUCACUGAGGAGGAGUGGGUUUUGCAUGGAUUUGCCACUUACACCCACCACAAACAAUUAGAGUCUUAUAGACAGAAGCCCUGUCACACACAGAUCUGUGGAGGAAUGGCACCUUGAAAAACAAGCGAACUUGAAUGGCCCGUGGGGCUGGGGAUUUUCCGGGUGGACGCAGAAUGUGGACCGUUCUUCUUGUCUUCGUGGGGCUCUGGUUGUGAUGAGAAGAUGCAUUGGGAAUUAGAUCCUUUCUUUUUCCAACCAGGCCUAGCGGGGCCCCUGUCGUCUUCAUGGGGCUCCAGCUCCGGUCGUUUUUCUCUUCUGCGCCGUCCGGGAAUGCGCAGACUGAAGUUGUGUGUUCUUGCAAUGCUUUCACCUUGACUGAGGCACUGAAGGCAGAAGCUCCGAAGUAUUCUUGUGUCGGAUGCAGUGCCUAAGCAUGCCUAAGCUCCGCUCCGUGCGGAGUGGGACAAUGCAAACGAAUGAGAGAGGGUUGAGCCAAAGAUCCUUUUGUGGCAAGCUGGGUCGAGUGAAAGCAAGCUGGCUCUUGGAUGAUGUUUGAUGC